AUGAACCCUACCGAUGAAAACGACACAAUUGUCAUAGAAGCCAUUGAUCUUCAAGAAGAAACACAACAACCUCAAAACCAACCAUCACCCAUGAACAACAACAACAAUAAUCACAUGCAUUCAGAUGAAAAAGCAUUCACAAACAAAAGGUACAUGCCCCUUUUGAUAAUCAACUACCUUUUACUCUUUGUUGGUUCCAUCUCAUCAAGUUUACUCUCAAAAUACUAUUUCAUCCACAAAGGUUCUAGCAAAUGGGUCUCAACUUGGGUUCAAUGUGCUGGUUUCCCUCUCUUAAUCAUCCCAAUUUUUCUACCUUAUCUUCUCAAUUCCACCAAAAGAACACCCUUUACUGAUUUCACUUCAAAAAUGCUAACUUUAUCGAUUUUCGUCGGUAUCAUGUUAGGGUUGAACAAUCUUUUAAUCUCAUGGGGUGUUGCUUAUCUCCCAGUUUCAACUUCAGCACUUUUGUUAUCUUCACAGCUUGUUUUCAAUCUCAUUCUCUCGGCUAUUAUAGUGAAACAAAAAAUCACUUUUUCAAAUCUCAAUUGUGUUAUUCUCUUAACCCUAAGUUCAAUCAUUCUUGCACUGAACUCCAGUAGCGAAAAACCAGAAGGGCUAACGAAAAAAGAAUACUUUAUUGGAUUCUUUUGCACCCUAGGUGCAGGGUUGUUAUUUGCACUUUAUUUACCGGUGAUGGAGAAGGUUUACAAAAAGGUUUAUAGUUACGAAAUGGUGAUGGAAAUGCAGCUUAUAAUGGAGAUUGCAGCGACGGUUUUAGCGACGGUGGGAAUGGCGUUCGACGGUGGUUUUUCUGAGAUGAAGAGAGAAAGUGAAGAAGAGUUUGAUAAGGGCAGUAGAGUUUAUUGGGCGACGGUAAUGGCGAAUGUGGUGACGUGGCAGUUUUGUUUCAUGGGAACUGCUGGGAUGGUGUUUUUGACAUCUUCAUUAACUGGUGGGAUUUGUAUGACUGCAUUGUUGUCUAUGAAUGUGUUGGGUGGUGUUUUGGUUUAUAAAGAUUCAUUUGGUGGUUUUAAAGCUGUUUCAACCGUUUUGUGUUUGUGGGGAUUUUGUUCUUAUGUUUAUGGAAUGUAUGUUAAGAUGUUGGAAGAGAAAGGGAGAACGAUGAAGGAGAAGGAGAAGGAGAAGGACGUUUCAUCGAUGGAGUUGUUUAGUAUGAGGACUAAUGGAGGUGCAACUGGUUGA